UAAGUGAGCGUAAACCAAAACUAUUUGGAUCUCCAUGUGGGUCAUGAUGAUUUAGCCGCAUGCAAUGCCUCCCCUUGAUCGAAGGGGCACGGAGGCAAACAGAAGGUUUAAGAAUCACUGAGGGCGUGCCCUUUUUUGCUCACUUUGGGCUAGAUGCACUGCUCCGCUCCAUGACAGAUAGCCUCGUGCACUGACAUGCGGACAGCACGUUGUAGUGUGAUACCAUUCACCCCAACGCCCAGGCUGCCCCCGCAGCCUCAUGCCAAUGGCCACCACCUCUAUAAACCACGACGCAAUUUUGAACUGGGCAGCAGCUCAGAUAACUUCAAUGGCUACUGGACUUUGCGAGAAUUGUCACAAGACGCCGAAAUUCGGUACUCAUAAGUACUGCGGCAAAACGUGCGCUGCUCAGGCGGCCACUACACAGCAACCAGUGCAUCGCGCGAAAUCAGGACCAACCCCCAAGGCCAAAGUUCCACCACCAGCCCCAAAAGCGGGACGGCUGUGCGACUAUUGUGGGCAAAAGCCCAAGUUCAAUAACUUCGAUUACUGCGGUAAAUCAUGCGCGUCGAAAGCCGCUACCGUUCCUUCUGCGCAGCCUGCUACACAUGGACGACCGGUUCCAAAGCAUGGCGUUCGCCUUCCUGCUACUGCUCAGCCUGCCAAAACUUCUAAACCGGCAACGCGCCACCCAGUUGCAACUGUGACCCAAGAUGAGUCCAGCGAGGAUGACGACGAGUACGCUGACGCUGAUGAGGAGGCCGAAGACGAUACGGGGACAGGCACAGACCUGGACGCAUAUCCAUCAGAUGAUGACGAAGAACCUACUCCAGCUCCUCCGUCACGACCAGUCAAGACUGUGCACGCUCCGCAGAAACAAAGCACAUCAGCCCGUCAUGUGACUGGUGUCUGUCUCAUCCCCAGCUGUGGAAAACCGCCUUUCGUUGAUAGAGGUGGGAUAAAGACAGAUUACUGCUCCACACGGCACCGAGAAGAAGCAGUGACCCUCGGACUGGUUCCUGGAUGCAUCAUGUGCCAACGCUACCCACAGACUGGAACAGAUUACUUCUGCUCCGCCGCUUGCAGAAAUCAGUCCAUGACGAAAAUCUAGAGGGCUGUGUGAAUAUUCUGAUAGUUCUGUACAUUACGUAGGUGUAACAGUGUGUUGGGCUCGUGAUGGAGCUAUUUAGUGGUAAU